UCCUCUAUUCAUGUGAGCAGGCACUCCCAGGGAGGUUUUGAAAUUCGAAAUAGAGCCAUUGUGUGGGGUGAAAUUGCCCUGAAUUCGGGGCAUGGAGAUGAACCUGGCUCAGUGAUUGCUCUGCUCGGGUUUGUGCCGUUUGCAGACGGAGAACGAGGAGCAUCCCCUGUCCCAGGGCAGCCCCACAGAACUCCCAUCCCACGGAGCCAUCCCAAGGCAAGCGGGGCGGUUUCCACGCCCUGGGGUUUGUGCGAGGAAGGCAAAUCCCGUUUGCAUCCCAGCGGGGAUGUGCCAGCAGCGAGCGAGGAGCGGCUGCUGCACGCCCAGCUCCAUCCUGAGCCUGCCGGGAUCCGGGGCUGCCAGCCCUGCUGCUCCGUGCCCUGCUGACUCCCUGGUUACCAGCUCGGCUCCAUCUCCUCCUCCUCCUCCUCCUCAGCGAGCUCUAAUCCCCGCAGACUCGGAGCUGAGCGCCGGCAGCCAACAGGAGUUGCUUUGUCUGUGCUGACUUGGCAUCCCCUGCUUCCACUCUGGAGGAGAUGGGGCGCAAGGAAGAGGAUGGCAGCGGCUCCUGGAAGAAGCAGACCAGCAACAUCCGCAAAACCUUCAUCUUCAUGGAGGCCCUGGGAUCAGGAGCCUUCUCAGAAGUUUUCCUGGUGAAGCAGAAAAGCACUGGCAAGCUCUUUGCUCUGAAAUGCAUCAAGAAGUCUCCUCUCAACAGGGACAGCAGCUUGGAGAAUGAAAUAGCGGUGCUGAAAAAAAUAAAGCACGAAAACAUCGUGACUCUAGAAGAUAUUUAUGAGAGCACAACCCACUUCUACCUGGUGAUGCAGCUGGUGUCUGGGGGAGAGCUGUUUGACAGGAUCCUGGAGCGGGGCGUUUACACGGAGAAGGACGCGAGCCUGGUGAUCCACCAGGUGCUGACGGCUGUGAAAUACCUGCACGAGAACGGCAUCGUGCACCGGGACCUGAAGCCUGAGAACCUCCUGUACCUCACCCCCGAGGAGAACUCCAAAAUCAUGAUCACGGAUUUUGGCUUGUCCAAAAUGGAGCAGAACGGGAUCAUGUCCACGGCCUGUGGGACUCCAGGAUAUGUGGCCCCCGAAGUGCUGGCCCAGAAGCCCUACAGCAAAGCCGUGGACUGCUGGUCCAUCGGGGUCAUCACCUACAUCCUGCUCUGUGGGUACCCUCCUUUCUAUGAAGAGAGUGAAUCCAAACUCUUUGAGAAGAUUAAGGAAGGCUACUACGAGUUUGAGUCUCCGUUCUGGGACGAUAUCUCCGAGUCAGCCAAGGACUUCAUCCGACAUUUGCUGGAGAAGAACCCGAGCGCCAGGUUCACGUGUGAGGAGGCGCUGCGGCACCCGUGGAUUAAUGGAAAUACAGCCCUUCACCGUGACAUCUACCCAUCUGUCAGUGCUCAGAUCCAGAAAAACUUUGCAAAGAGCAAAUGGAGGCAAGCCUUCAACGCCGCGGCCGUCGUGCACCACAUGAAGAAGAUGCACAUGAGCAGCCACGGGGCAGCUGAGGGCUCUGUCCCUGCCCCAGAGAGCUCAGAGCCCCCCAGGGCCAGCAGCCCCACGGGGACCCCCCUGCCAGCAGCGCCAGGCGAUGACAAGGACACGGCACAGGGACACCCAAACCCACCCAGACCUGCUCAGGACAUGGCAGUGGGGGGGGAAAAGCUGCCAAACCCCCUGGAGGAGGGACCCCUGCCCAGGGACAGCAGCCUGGCCCUGCUGGACACCCCCAGCCCCCCAGAGGAGGGACCCCUGCCCAGGGGCAGCAGCCUGGCCCUGCCAGACACCCCCAGCCCCCCAGAGGAGGGACCCCUGCCCAGGGGCAGCAGCCUGGCCCUGCCAGACACCCCCAGCCCCCCAGAGGAGGGACCCCUGCCCAGGGGCAGCAGCCUGGCCCUGCCAGACACCCACAGCCCCCCAGAGGAGGGACCCCUGCCCAGGGGCAGCAGCCUGGCCCUGCCAGACACCCACAGCCCCCCAGAGGAGGGACCCCUGCCCAGGGGCAGCAGCCUGGCCCUGCCAGACACCCACAGCCCCCCGGGCAGGAGCUCCUGUGGCUGCAGCCCCUCCUGUGUGGGCCAUGAGAAGACAAAGGCACCCUCCUGCUCCGAGACAGUGCUGGUCAAAAAGUCUUCAAAAUCCCAUCACUUCAAGUCAGAGGUUCUUGUCCCAAUGAAAACCAGCAAACACUCGUCUCACUGUGGCACUGGGCAAACUGGAGUUUGUUUGAUCAUGUGAUGGAGGCAGCCACCUGUUCAGAGAACCAGAAGGGCUCUUUCACUCUUUCCUGCACUUCAGAGCCAGACAGCGCCAGUGUGAGCAGGACUGGAGGCCAGCAGCUCUGAGAGCAGUGCCCAGCUGGGGACAGGGGCUCAGCAGGGCCAGGAUCCAUCCCUGCAGCAAGCUCGGGGUGUUUCUGAUCAUUGCAGCUGGGAGGAGGCUCGGGAAGGUCUAAGGCUCCUGCUCUCACACCAGUGUACAUUAUCAUAGGGCAUCACCAGUGCUACCAGCUUCUGUUUGCUGUUCCCCGUUUAGUUGUCAAUGCACAAAUGCUCAACAUCCACCCCACAAACCAAAGCCAGGCAGAGCUUUACUCCCGUGGCAGCUCAGUUUAUUUUUACAGCCCUCACAGGCUUUGGCACUCUGGAGUUCAGCUGCCCAGGCUGCUCAGCCCCCACUGCAGCUGCAACAGGAGAGAGCCUGCUAGAAACCUCCCUGUGUCUGACAGUAGCACAGCAAGGUCUGAGCUCCCCUUCCAAGGCUGUAAUUGCACAAUGAACACUUGCUUAAUAAAGCUGAGAUUUGUUUUGUAAAGUGCC